GUGACAGGGUUGUCAGAAAUGGGUCUGCACCCCAUCGCCUAAACACCAAUGGCUUGGAGAUCAAUCAGAUGGACAAAAUAAUUCUUCUGCUGUUCUGGUUUGAAUACAUUUUUCAGAUUUCUAAGAGUUUAUAUUGUGGGCCAAUACAAAAGCAACCUGCAACCAUUUUUGCUGAAUGGAGUGAAUUUCCUAAAGGAGAAAAGCCUCAACAUUAUUUUUUAAAAUAUCAACCAACCAAAGACUUCAAUAAAAAAAAUGUCAAAAACAUUUCUGCAGAACAACACAAGCUUCAGAAAUCUACAAUAACAAUAGAGGAAAAUGAAGAAUAUAACGUCAUUAUACAGUCAGUACGAAAUGGGGAAAUUUUAAGUGCAAAAUCCUUCAGGACAUGUGGGAUCUCAAAUAACAACAUUAAAGUCCUUGUGACAAGUACAAGUGUUUCUUUUAACUGGACUACACUGCCCCAUGACUUUUCAGUUUCAAUAUCUCUUAAUAAUUCAUCUCAAAGCAUACAAAACAAUGUAAUGUUUUAUGAAUGGGGCCAUUUGGAACCUUCAACCUCAUACAUUUUCAAAUUUGAAUUUAAACAGCUGCACUUGGAUUUUGUAAAUGUGUUUCAGAGGCUGGAUAUUCAUGUUGAAACAGGGUCCUGCCCACCAGAAUGGGUUGCAUUAAAAAGUAAUUGCUAUAGAAUUAGCAAAGACAGCCAGCCAUGGAAUGUGGCACAGAAAAUCUGUAAUAUACCUUUGCAUUCAGCACAUCUUGUUGAUAUAAAAAAUGAAGAGGAAAAGAAAUUUAUAUAUUCUUAUCUCAGGAAAGCCAACCAAAUAAUAAGUUGGACUGGUCUUAAUGAUAUAAAGCGUUUGUUGGUGCUACAAGGCUUGAGGGCAUGCCCAGUGCAAAGUGUGCGUGCGUUGUGUCCAGAACCAAGGCUGCAGUGA